AUGAUGCCUAGCUGGCCUGGCAUCGAUCCCAGCACCCCGGCCAUAUGUCCCCGCGGGCUGGGAAAAAGUCCGCUCCAACUCCAGAUCCCCACCGACAACCUCCCCACCCUCAGGAGGGCCAUCGGACCUUCAGCAUUCCGUCGCGGCCGGACCGCCCACCACGUUCCUCCACGGACACACUUUCGUGGUAGCAUCGCUCGCUGCCCGAGGGGUCCAUCGACUCCAAGCACACCGCCGCGGCUAGCCCGCUUCGCAACCACCGUCAAGCCGUCGUUGGGAGCCCCCUCAGUAGCGCGCAGACACCGCAUCUCCAUCAUCGCCGGCACCAUCGCUCCCGGAGUAUACCAUUGGCUCUUCGGCACACUACCGCGGCUGCCCCACUCCUUCCGGUCCGCAUCAGGUCGCCGUCGGGAGCUCCAGACCCCGACCCCGGGAGGCUUGUCCAUCUGCAACAGCGAGCCCGGCCUUGGCAUCUUUGGGAUUGCGACUGCCAUUAUAGAGCUCUACCAGAUGUGGAGGGCCUGGAAAGAGGUCCCCGAUCGCUUUCAAAAGCUUUUGGUGCUGUUGAACGACGUGGCGGGCAAGAUCAAAUUUGUCCGGAGUCUGCGAUUUGCCGAGAGGGAGCUCACCUCCCAUAUCGUCCGCCUCAAUAUGAUGUACAAUGAGAGGAACACACGCAUUCGUGUGGCCAAGAUUAACGCCAAGUUCGAGGCCCAUAUCGGCAGCGCCGAGAACGGCAAGGUGAAGCUUCUGUGCCAUCUCAAGGCCUGGGCCGAUAAGGAGACCCAUGCCGAGGCUAUCCAGGAACUUGAGGCUUACCGGGGCCUCCUGAGCGGUGACAUCAAUAAGAGUUAG